GGUCCAGCCUGCGCCCCAGCGAGGGGCAUCCCAGGGGCUCGGCUCUCCUUUUGCGAGCCACAGAGACUUUUUUAUUCCGCAUCUCUACUUACGGCACUUUGCAGAGCACCGCGGCAAAGAGGUUAAACUAGAUUACGAAUGGUUUUCAGCUGCUUACGAUGAGGUGCGUUCUAAGCGCAGCUCCUCGGCACCCAAACCCUGUUCUCUUGUCCAGAGUCCAAAGGAGAAACAUCCGUCCUGUCGUUUUUGCUUCCAUCUGUAUUGAGAUGUUAAGUCUUUCCCUGAGACGCGAAACCUCAACUCGUAAAAGUGUUUGCACAGCAUCUUUUUGAAAAACUUCCUGGAGCAAUGACGACAGCCAUAAAGAGAAAUAAAGAAAGAAAGAAAAGGCCACGAGUUCGUGAGCGCCGAGAGCCCCCGGACGCCGAGCUCCUCGGGAUUGGAAGGAGAAGCGGCCCCUAUACCACGGCCAUCCCAGUUAAUAGCUGCCAACGUACCCGGCUUCUUGGGCUUCGGAUCAAUGUGGAUCUUCCACAUAAACGAUUUACGGAUGAAGUAAAAGCCCUUUAGAGCAGUACUUCCUUUCAAUCCACUGUCGCGACGGCAAUGUUUCUGGGUGUCGUGGCCUCAUCCCUGAUGGCAUUUGUCUGAAAUGGAGCUGUCUGUCUAACCUAGGCCUGGACGCGCCCUUCCCGGAACUGGGAGGUUGCCCGAGGAGCCCAGCUGAGUUUCAAGAUAUAAAAGCAACUUCGGGUGCCCCCUUUCCAGCCGGGACGUCUUAAAGGGCUCGGAGCCGGGCAGCUCCCCGCGCCGCAGCGCCUGCUUCCCCUUCGCUCCUCUCUGGCCCUCCCUCCUCCCGCCCCCUCGCUCCCUCCCCCAGCGCGCUCCAGCCUCCGAGCUCCAGUAGCUCCGAGACAGCUUUCCAGGAUUAUGGAGUUUCUGAGCGAGAAGUUUGCCCUCAAGAGCCCACCGAGUAAAAACAGUAACUUUUACAUGGGCGCAGGAGGCGCGUUGGAGCACGUUAUGGAGACGCUGGACAAUGAGUCCUUUUACAGCAAAGCGUCGGCGGGCAAAUGCGUGCAGGCCUUCGGGCCCCUGCCCCGCGCCGAGCAUCACGUGCGCCUGGAGAGGACCUCGCCCUGUCAGGACGGCAGCGUGAACUAUGGGAUCACUAAAGUAGAAGGACAGCCUCUUCACACCGAACUAAAUAGAGCUAUGGACAACUGUAACAGUCUCCGGAUGUCUCCCGUGAAAGGGAUGCCAGAGAAGGGAGAACUGGAUGAACUUGGGGAUAAAUGUGACAGCAACGUAUCCAGCAGUAAGAAACGGAGACACCGAACCACCUUUACCAGCUUGCAGCUGGAGGAGCUGGAAAAGGUCUUUCAGAAAACCCAUUACCCGGAUGUAUACGUCAGAGAACAGCUUGCUCUGAGGACUGAGCUGACUGAGGCCAGGGUCCAGGUUUGGUUUCAAAAUCGAAGGGCCAAGUGGAGAAAAAGAGAACGUUAUGGCCAAAUCCAGCAAGCUAAAAGCCACUUUGCUGCCACCUAUGACAUAUCAGUUUUGCCAAGGACUGACAGCUAUCCACAGAUUCAGAACAAUCUGUGGGCAGGAAAUGCAAGUGGUGGUUCUGUGGUCACUUCAUGCAUGUUGCCACGUGACACUUCCUCCUGUAUGACACCUUACUCUCACUCGCCUCGGACAGAUUCCAGUUACACAGGGUUUUCAAACCACCAGAACCAGUUCAGCCAUGUGCCCCUCAACAAUUUUUUCACUGACUCUCUUCUUACCGGGGCUACCAAUGGACAUGCAUUUGAAACAAAGCCAGAGUUUGAAAGGAGGUCCUCCAGUAUCGCAGUUCUUCGAAUGAAAGCCAAGGAGCACACUGCCAAUAUUUCAUGGGCCAUGUAACAUACAGUACUCUUUUCUUUUUCUCUUAAUGGCAAAGUAAAACAUUCUUAUUUCUCAUAUUUAAAGGAUACCACAAUAAGCUGCUGUGUGUGGAAUUGCUAAAGGUCAAGAUAUACAGUGAGACCAGCUUAAAUGAAUAGUUGUUAUUAUUUAACAUUAAAAUCUAAGAAUGAACCUCUGAAAAGACUAAAUAGGUUUACCAUGCACCCGUCUCCACAAACUCUGUUUUAGUAGUAAGAUUUUUUUUCUAUUGUACGAGUCAAUGAAAUAUGAUCAUGCAGCUUCUGAAAAGAAUAAAUGUAUUAAACAAAUUCCUCUGUUAUAGAUUGAUUUAUGUUAGUUCUGUAUAACAAGAAAUCCCUUGUAAAAUAAUACCUGAAAAAGGAGGAAAUGCACUGGGGAAAAUGUCAAGAUACCAAAGCUGUCAGGUAAAUAUUGAAGCAGGGUGUUUGGGGGAGUUAACUGGCGUUUCUCCCUCUCUGGCUCCAAGACACAAUGGGCAUAUCCUCUGUUGCUGAGAAUUUAUCUACAGGCCUUGAAGAUUUUUUUACCUCUACAUGUUUUGGUGAAUUUCCACUCCGUGAAAAAAGGACUCUUCGGAAAUGACCAGCAUUUGCAUGAAAUAUUCGGGCAUCGUUUCCUGAAACCAUGUGGCUAAAGGUGAUAACUGAAAUAUCCUGGUGUGAUUUAAAAUACAGUCACAAGAACAGUUUGUAUAAAUGCCAUCUUUUUAAUGAAAAAGCCAGCACGGACUCAGCAAUUAAUUAUCACACACAAGAGAAAAAGAAAGUUACAAAACCCGCUGUUGCUUUUAAACUAAAAUUGUCAAUUAAACUGUACACACAAACAUCUAAUAAAUACACUCAAAGAAAUAUUUUCAGUUAAAGGAGCAGCAGUUGGAAUCUGUAUUUAUUUCAUGAGUAUGUGCAAGUGCACGUGUGUGUGUUUGUUUUUUGACAUAGAAGCUGUAAGCAUUUUUUGCUACUGUGGUUUUGCACAGGGAAUUAAAAUGUCAGAAGGCUCUCUAAAAUUUCUGGUGGAAAAGAAGAGAAGAAAAAUACAUUGCAUCUGGAAAAUUGCUAACCCCUUUGAUUUACUUCUCCUCCCUUUCCCCUGUCACAUUCCAGGCUUUUUCAGAUGAGUGAAAUGUCAACCUCCUUGAAAGACUCUUAAGUUCAUAAAGGCAAAGUAAAUUAAUUGAAAUGAAAAUGGCUUCCAUGGCUUGGAUCAGAGCACGAUCUGCUCUUUGUACUCACUUAGAAUCUUCCUUGUGGUUCCUACAACCUUUAGGGAUAUGCUUGGAAGCCCUAAAGGCUGAAGGGCAAGAAUAAAUGAAUUUUUAAAAUUAAAUUUCAGAAAAAGUACUUAAAUCCAGUAAGUGUCUGUUUCUAGUGGGAAAAUAUUUACAGCAGUUAGACAUCUUCUGUAAUAAAAUUUUAAAUCAA